AUGAAGCUUAUUCAAGAUGUACAAACUCGGUGGAACUCUACCUACUACAUGAUAUAUAGAUUUGUUGAGAUGCAAACAUCAAUUAGAGGUACAUUAGGUUUAUUGGAUAAUGCUCCUGAUACUUUGAGACCCGAAGAUUGGACCAUUUUACAAGAUCUAAUUAAAAUAUUAAAACCUUUCGCAGAGGCUAAAAAAGCAAUAAGUGGACAAAAAUAUAUGACAGCUUCACUUGUAAUUGUUAUAGUCCAGGGGUUAUACAAAGUGUGCAAUAGUUUAAUAAAAAUGAAUUUGUCCCCAAGAGCAUUGCUUGUAGCUAAAAAGUUACUGAGUAAUAUGGAUGCAAGGGAUGGUUUUAAGAACUGUGAAAUAAGUAUGACACUUUCUAAGUGUACAUUCUUAGAUCCCCGAUUUAAACACCUGCCUUUCAUGAAUAUGAAUCCAAUAAAAAAUAAAAUCAUUGAAAAUAUAGCACAAAUUAUUCGAGAUAAAGAACCACAGAGUCAAUCAAAUGUAAAUAUACAGCCAGAUCCAAUACCCGAAUCUGAAGAAUUAUCAAUUUGGAGUGAAAUUGAUAGUAAUGUGGCAAGAUUUUCACCAUUGGGGACUGCAAAGUCAAGAGCAAUAGUCGAAGUUCAACGCUACUUGAACGAUGCAGUUAUAUCCAGAAACGAAGAUCCGCUUAAAUGGUGGAAAGACCAAAGCUAUAACUACCCUAAUCUAAGUUUAUUGGCCAAAAAUAGUUUAUGUCAUUUAGGUACAUCAGUUCCCUGUGAAAGGAUAUUUUCAAGUGCAGGUUUAGUGCUAAAUGAUCGUAGCGCUGUCGUCUAA